GGACAAAACAAACUUGAGAGUUUUCACUUCCUUCCCAUGACUUCCUAAAGGAAGCCCAAGUGUUGAAUCAGUUCAAUAGAAAGCUUUUAACCAACAUUUGAGUUGAUGGUUUACAACCAUCAUUUAGGAUUGCAAUUCAUUUCGGAUAAUUUGGAAUGUAGAGCAGUUCAAUAAAACUACAAUAAGUCUAUAAAAAUUCUAUUUAUUUUUCAACUUUUAUUCGAGAAUUAUUGGAUUUGGGUUCACAGGUCUUCACAAUAGAAGACCCAUUCGACUUGAUUGUAUUAUGAUAGUGCAUUUUAAUAUUCUGGAAUAGACCUAAACAGCUUUUAGCUUGAAAAACUACAAUAUGAUAUUUUUGAGGACCACAGAUUUCAUGCGGCAGUACAUUAAUUAUUUCCGCUAUGAUGGGAAUAACAAUGCACUAUUGUUUAUCCUGAUGGCAAUUAUAGAAAUAAUAACUCUUUCAUAUUCGUUGAUGAUAUUCGUUUAUGAGAGAAACAACCUUGAUAAAUGCUUUAUUGCGAUUAAAGAUGUAUUGCUUGUGCUUACCGUGUUCAGUGGUUCAGUAGAACGAUUGAGUGAACCAGAUGAAAGCAUCGAAAUGACGCAUUUAAUUGAGGAAGAAUUUUUAUUAGAUCGUUUUGAGUUGGAUGAGACUUCCCAAAGCUGGGGCAGAAUAGUAGAGAACUACAAAAAGAAGAGAAAACUGCUGGAAUUGUUGGAUAAAAUGUCACUGGCGUGCACUGUCUGUUGUUACUCGUCACUUAUGUUCAGAAAUACUUUGGUAAGAUUAGUAGAAACGAAUCCAGAGGAUCAACUACGGGGAUUUCCCUUUCCAUUUGUCUCCUACAUUCCUCCAGAGUUCGAUCAGGUUUCAUUUUCAACAUAUAUAUUCUUUUUGCAAUCCUUACUAAUAAUUCUUUUCACUCUGGAGGCGUUCACUGCCUAUGCAUCGCUAAUAGAAAGCAUAAGAAAACUUAUGACAGACUAUGAGAACAUUUAUAUCUUGUUAGAUGACAUCAAGUAUUAUUCAUCUGAUAUUAGUCUAGAAGAUGGGAAUACUUCACAUUAUAAUGUAGAGCACACUCAAGGGGAAUGAAGAGGAUUUGAGAAGAAAUAUGGGACUCAUUGUGCGAUAUCACCAGUACAUAAACAGAUGUUAUGAAAAAUUCGUCAAAUGUACACAAUAUACGAUAAUGGUAAUGAGUUUCAUUAUAUUGAUGGACUCCUGCUUUAAUAUCUUCUUCAUAAUGAAGGUGAGAAAUCCAAAAGUCAUCAUGACUCAUGUAUCAACAUUCAUCUUCAACAACAUAUUUAUCCUUCUUAGCUAUUAUAGUGGUCAGCAAAUUAGCAACCAGAAUGAAAUAUUUCGAAGAUAUCUGGCAGAGCUUCCAUGGAUCAACAAGCCAAAGUGGUUCAAGCAGAGCAUGAUAAUUAUUAUGAGCCGAGCUAAUGUUGAUACUCAGAUCAAACCAUAUGGAAUCUUCUACCUAAACCUCACAUCAUACAAAGAUUUGUUGAAAGCUGCUUUCUCGUUUGCGAACAUUCUCUACACUUACAAAAUGGCACGAGGAGAACAAUAAGGUGCUGGAAAUGACAAUAUGGGAAACUCAUCUCAAUGGGGGCAUGGAACGGUCAAGGGAGAACAAUACCACUCCUUCAACGCCGGUUCAAUGGGAAACAAUAACUGGCAACUCAUGUCAAUAUUAAAAAAUAGGGGGUUCAUGGCCCCAUUCAAAUAGUUUUAGUAAUAUAGGAAAUAUUUUCAAUACCUACUGCAAAAUCCAACACUCUGGUUUGCAGCUUACAACUCGACAUACAUGUAUCGUUUUAAAAUAUCACUAAGAAAAUCAGUUUUAUAUCCAUGAAUGUAUAAAUUUAGGUUCAUCAUCAAUGGUUUCCAAAUUAUCUCAGUUAUUAUGUUUUUGUCUUUUGUGAAUAAAUUGAAUAAAAAUGACUUAUA